UUUGCAUGUGAUCGAUGUGAGAAGUACAUUCUCGGUCCGCAAUGUGAUAAGCACGUCUUUAAGAUUAUUGCCAACACUGCGCCAAAGACUAAAUGUGGUUCCAAGUACGCAGUGAAAACACUCCCUGCCAACUUAUGUGUAAAACCUUCUUCAAUUCCUCAUGCGGGAAAAGGAGUUUUCGCCAAAGACAAGAUUCCAGAAAGAACGCGUUUCGGCCCUUAUACUGGAGUCGAAAUUGAAUUUAAAAAUAUCAACGGAAUGGAUACUUCGUACAUGUGGGAGGUACGUUAA